AUGGACCCAACACACGAUCCCAAUUUCACCCCUCCUUCCAAGAAUUUAAAUAUGGAGCCACCGGCACCUUCUUCCAAAAUACCAAUUAACGUUCCUAUACAACCUUAUGUAUUAGCUGAUUUAGGUGAAGCAUUAGAUUUACCCACAUCCCAUCCAAGAUCUAAUAGAAUUUAUUCCAUUUCAAAUGAACAACAUAUUGAAGGGAAAUAUCAUUCCAAGAUCCCAAGAAUCCAUACUGAAUUAAUGAGUUCAUCUUCUUCCGACGACGAAGUAGUUAUAACAGAUGAUUCCCCCUAUCCGGAACCAAUAGAAGAACAAGCAGGAAGUAGCAGUUCCCAAAAGGGCGGACAAUCUUCAGGUCAAGAAAUCUUACCUGCUAGUAUUCAAGUGAAAUCUUCCCAGAUCGCCGACUUGGAAGAAGUGCCUCAUGGAAUUCAAAGGCAAGCUUCGGAAUUAUCAGAAUAUCAAUUCCCAACUCAUAGAUUAGCCACAACUUUACUGGAUGAUAGUAAAUACCCCUUGGUUAUAGUUGCAUGUGGAUCUUUCUCACCCAUAACUUAUUUACAUUUACGAAUGUUUGAAAUGGCUCUAGAUUCAAUUACGGAACAAACAAGAUUUGAAGUUAUUGGAGGAUAUUAUUCCCCAGUUUCAUCCAAUUAUAAAAAAGCGGGUUUGGCUCCAGCUCAUCAUCGUGUAAGAAUGUGUGAAUUGGCAUGUGAAAGAACUUCAAGUUGGUUAAUGGUUGAUGCAUGGGAAUCAUUGCAACCAAGAUAUACUCGUACCGCAUUAGUAUUGGAUCAUUUUAAUGAAGAAAUAAAUGUGAAAUUAGGUGGUAUUAAGACUAAAAGUGGUGAAAUGAGAGGAGUUAAAAUUAUGUUAUUAGCCGGGGGAGAUUUAAUUGAAUCAAUGGGUGAACCUGAUGUUUGGGCAGAUUUAGAUUUACAUCAUAUAUUAGGAAAAUAUGGAUGUUUGAUUGUUGAAAGAACAGGAUCAGAUGUUAGAAGUUUUUUGUUAAGUCAUGAUAUAAUGUAUGAACAUAGAAGAAAUGUAUUGGUAAUUAAACAAUUGAUUUAUAAUGAUAUUUCAAGUACAAAAAUACGAUUGUUUAUUAGAAGAGGAAUGUCAGUACAAUAUUUGUUACCUAAUUCGGUUAUUAGAUAUAUCCAACAACAUAAUUUAUAUUGUGAUUCAGAACCUGUUAAACUGGUUAUGUCUGAUAGAGCUGAUUAG